UCAGCAUCCUUCUUGAAGUGCGGUGUCCAGAAGUGGACCUGGGAGUAAGACGAACCCUCCCGAGUGCCAAACAGAAGGAGAAACGUGAACCUCGCGGAAUUCGAGGACUGUACUGCUGUUCGUGCAGCCUAAAAAUCGCAUUGGCCUGUUUUGUCGCCACGUCACGAGGUUGGCUGAGUGCAAAUCUCCAAGCGGGUCAUCUCCAAGCGGCUCGAACGUGCCAGCUGGCUGACUUUGGGGUCAGAAUUCCACCGGUGGGAGAGGGCAAAGAUCGGUUGUCUCUGCCACACUCCUGCCAAACCUUCGUGCUGGGAUCUCCGUUCCCAUCUGCAUGGUGGCGUUUUUUUCCCCUCCCUUAUGCAACUUAUCAGGGCAAUUUAAACACCGUGGGUGUAGGGAGAUUAAUUAGUGAUUAUCAUCCGCCGCAAGAGCUCGGCUGUGGAAGUGUGUCUAUCAUCUCCCUCUGGGACGUUUUUGGGUGUGUGUUUUUUUUGUCUUCCUCACACCUUCCCUGUGCCCGCUUGCUAUGAGGUACGGUCGCUUUUUGGCCCGGGCCCGGGCCCACCUCCGUCUCCAGAACCUCCUUCUCCGGCAGUGCCUGGCGGAGCUUCUGGGCGUCUUCGUGCUAAUCCUGAUCACGCUGAGCGGGGCCGCGCAGUCCGUCACCAGCGAAGGGGCGAAGGGCGGGUACUUCAGCUCGGCCUUGGCAGGCGGCGUCGCGGUCAUGGUGGCGAUCCACAUUUCCGGCGGCGUCUCAGGGGGGCACCUGAACCCAGCUUUCUCGCUGGCGAUGUGCCUGCUGGAUCAGUGCCCGUGGUGGAAGCUGCCCAUUUUUUCCCUGUUUCAGAUGGCGGGCGCUUUUUUGGGCGCGGGCGCCGUUUACGCCUUAUAUUACGACGCCAUCCACAGCUUCAGCAACGGCACCCUUGCGGUCACGGGUCCCCGGGAAACGGCCUCCAUCUUCGCCACCUACCCGGCGCCUUACCUGUCCCUUCGCAACGGCUUUCUCGACCAGGUUCUGGGGACCGCCGUGCUCAUCCUCAGCAUCCUGGCCAUCAUUGACACCCGUAACAAGCGCAUCCCGCCAGGACUGGAGCCGCUUGCCGUGGGCUUCCUGGUCCUCGCCCUCGGGCUGGCCAUGGGGGUCAACUGCGGCUGCGCCAUCAACCCGGCCAGGGACCUAGGACCCCGUCUCUUCACCUACGUCGCCGGAUGGGGCCCCGAGGUGUUCUGGGCUGGCAACUGCUGGUGGUGGGUGCCGGUAGUGGCCCCGAUGAUUGGGGCUGCCACGGGGGUGGCCGUGUAUGAGCUCGGGGUAGAGUUCCAUCACCCUCCGACUCAAGAGGAAGAGGAGAAAGAGGCUGAGGUUUCCCGUACAGAGAAGGAUCGGCAGGGAGGGGAGAAAGAUAUGGAAAUUCCCGUUUUCACAGUGAAUACGUAUAAAAACCCUUGGACGGACGCAAGCUGAUGGGAGGCAGAAAAAAAUCAACCAAUUCGACUUCAAAUCAGAGGCAAUAGAAGCGGCAGGAUUCAAACCCACGUCUCUUCCAGAUUUAUCUCUUGGAUGGAGCAGAUGUUACUGAUGUUAUGAUGGACAUGUGUGUGUCUCUGUGUGUGUGUGUGCGAGUACUGUAUGAUUAUUCUCUUUAAUCCAGGCCAUCAGUUGAGAUUUUAGUUGUGUAACGCUUUGCGACGUCAGAGAAGAGACCUAGAACGGAGCAAAAAGGCAUGGCCUUUUUUGGUGGUGGCCCCUUCUAAGAGAGGAGAGGGCCGGCCUUACCUGGAGGCACGGUACAAGCUUGGACGAGAGAUCACAAUUCACACUGCCAUCGGUUAACAAGCUUAUUUAUAUGGUGGGAUCCAACAUUCAGUGACUGUACACUUUAAUGAAUUCAUGAAUGCAUGAAUGAA